GAGGGGCCAGAGGAAACCAUAGCUACAUUGUUUCUCAUUCUGGCUCUGCUCAUGACAUGUUGUUUGUGUAGAGAUCCUGUGGUGCACCCAGCUGAGAAGAAUACUGAUCAGUUUGCUGUUGCUGAAAGCAACUCUUUGGAGAGGGGGCUUUGUGAUGGAGGGAGAGUUGCACAAAGCGAACAGCAUUGACAUGCUUGGGCAGGAUAACAGUCAAUUGAAGAAGGCUCAGCUUCUGGAUCGAGGUCAAUGGGCAAACAAGGUGGAGUUUCUUCUGGCCGUAGCAGGGACCCUUGUUGGGCUGGGAAACCUCUGGAGGUUCCCCUAUCUAUGCUACAAAAAUGGGGGAGGUGCAUUUCUGGUUCCAUACGUCUUGUUUCUGCUCUCAUGUGGUAUACCCAUGUUCCUCCUGGAGACGGCCAUGGGACAGUACACAUCUCAAGGAUGUAUCACCUGCUGGCGCCACUUCUGCCCCUUGUUUGAAGGGAUUGGCUAUGCUACCCAGGUUGUGAUUGCAUAUGCGGCCGUGUCAUACAUUGUCAUCCAGGCGUGGGCCUUCUUCUACCUCUUCUCCUCCUUCAGCGUUGAGGUCCCGUGGGCAAGCUGCAGGAACUUCUGGAACACAGAGACCUGUGCCGAAUUUGGUAAAACAAACACGUCAUCCAAUUGGACAGCAAACGCAACAUCGCCUGCAACAGAAUUCUGGGAGAGACGAGUGCUGGGAAUAUCUAGUGGGAUUGAGGAGAUUGGCAGCCUGAGAUGGGAUCUGGCCUUGUGUCUCUUACUGGCGUGGACCCUGUGCUACUUCUGUGUUUGGAAAGGAGUGAGAUCUACUGGGAAGGUGAAGAAAACCCUUUCUUUAGAAGAUGAUGUUGGAUUUUGUGUGUGUUUAUUAGAUUUGAGUGAGAAUUCUGUUGAAACCUUUGGGAUCACAUUCCCUCUGUUGCAGCUUUUACACAUUUAUGGGUUAUAUGUUUAAAAUAAUGAUUCAAGA